ACACCCCUUGGACAAGGCCCUCCGCACCUUUUGGUGGUCCACCUCGAAGGACGUCAAAGGAUAAACGAGUGUGGGAGGGAGAUUAUGGCCCUCGGGACCACCGCGCCUGUCCCCACGAAGAAGGGUGGUUUACUCAAAACCGGGAGAUCCGGCCCAGUAUCGCCAACACUACGACGGAAGCAGAAGCUCGAGGGGAAGAAAAGAUGGAUACAGAAGAGUUCAGGCGGAGGGGAAAAGAGAUGAUAGACUACAUCUGCGAGUACAACAAAACCCUCGGACAAAGGAGGGUCACGCCCAGCGUAGAGCCCGGAUACCUCAAACCGCUUCUUCCGGAUGAAGCGCCAGAAUCGCCCGAAGGAUGGGAAACGAUAAUGAAAGACGUCGAGAAGUACAUAAUGCCUGGGGUGACUCAUUGGCAGCAUCCGCAGUUCCAUGCUUAUUUUCCGGCUGGUGCUUCCUACCCGUCAAUCCUAGGAGGAAUACUGUCCGAUGGUAUCGGAUGUAUAGGCUUCUCCUGGGCGGCCAGCCCUGCUUGUACAGAACUAGAGACCAUCGUCUUGGACUGGUUAGGGAAAGCGAUCGGGCUACCAGACGAGUUCUUAGCGUUCGCCGAAGGGAGCAAAGGCGGCGGGGUCAUCCAAACUUCUGCAAGUGAAUGUGUACUUGUAAGCAUGCUGGCAGCGAGGGCUCAAGCUAUAAAGAAAUUAAAACAGCAACACCCUUUUGUGGAAGAAGGGAUGCUUCUAUCGAAAUUAAUGGCGUAUUGCUCAAAGGAAGCCCACUCCUGCGUGGAAAAAGCGGCUAUGAUCUGCUUCGUCAAACUUAGGAUUUUAGAGCCUGACGAAAAGUGUUCUCUCAGGGGUGCCACUUUGCAGCAGGCAAUGAUGGAAGAUGAAGCGAUGGGCUUGAUCCCUUUUUUCGUGUCUACGACUCUGGGGACGACUUCCUGUUGCAGCUUCGACAACUUGCCGGAAAUCGGCCCGGUCUGUAGAGAGUUUCCGUCCGUGUGGCUCCACGUCGACGGGGCGUACGCUGGCAACGCUUUCAUCCUGCCAGAGCUGAAGUAUCUCUUGAAAGGGAUCGAGUACGCCGAUUCUUUCAACGCAAAUUCGAACAAGUGGCUUCUUACCAACUUCGACUGCUCGACCAUGUGGGUCAGGGAUCGGCUGAGGUUGACUUCCGCUCUUGUCGUCGACCCCCUUUACCUCCAGCACGGAUAUUCUCACUCUGCCAUCGACUACAGGCACUGGGGGGUCCCGCUGAGCAGGAGAUUCAGGUCGUUGAAACUGUGGUUCGUCCUCCGCUCUUUCGGCAUAACCGGGCUCAGGAAGUACAUUCGCAAUCACAUUAAACUCGCCAAAAAAUUCGAAAAUCUCGUUAACGCCGAUAAUAGAUUUGAAGUCUGCAACGAGGUCAAGCUCGGCCUGGUAUGCUUUCGGCUUAAAGGAACGGACAAGAUAAACGAGAAGCUUCUCAGCAACAUAAACGGAAGCGGAAAAAUUCAUAUGGUCCCGGCAAACGUAAACGACAAAUACACUAUAAGAUUUUGCGUAACGGCUCAAAACGCGACGGACAAAGAUAUUGAUUACGCUUGGAAAGUGAUCGCGGAAUACGCGUCCGAACUCAUUGAAGCACAGGAACUCGAAAAGGCGAAGGAAACAUCGGACGAAGUGUUCGAUCUGUUGGAUAGGAAAAAGAAAGAGACGCUCGCAUACAAACGGUCUUUCUUCGUUCGGAUGGUUUCCGAUCCGAAAAUUUACAAUCCAAAGAUCGCUAAGAGUUUGCCGGUGAACCGGCGACACACGUCUCAUGUGACAGAUGACGACGACGACAUCGAGAGUAACUCUGAUAACAGCGUGGCAGCCAACACGCCGACAAUAGCUUCAUGGAUAAGUUGGCCUCUAGCGUUUCUGGUGCACGAAGCAGGAGCCAACGAACUUGCAGUUAGAUUUCGCCACUUGGACACGAUGGUGAGGCUCAGGGGGAACAAGGAGAUUUGUCCAGCCCCUAGAAGAGAAUCGCAUUCACCAUCACCGGAAAAUUCGGAAAAGAAAUCACCUACUCGCCGAAGAUCCCCUUAUCCGCGUUAAGCCCUGCUUGCUUCAUUGUAGAAAAAAAGGAUAUCCGAAUCCACGUUGAAACCAAAAAAAGGUCUAGAACAAUACAGGUUAUCCAUAAACUAGCUGAGAUGAACAUAUUCGGAUAUUCUUUUUAAAAAAACGCUUCACAGUUAAUAAAUAAAGCAUACCG